AUGACAAAAGUUAAAAAGUAUCCCUUCGAAGAAGUAAUACGACUCUUCACCUUUGCGAAACUUUCUACUUUCGUCCUCUUAAUUUGGAUCUACCAUUACUGCGAUAAGGGUUAUGUUAACCAAUCUUUGAAUCCGAACGACGGUAAUACAGAUGCGCUGCUCUUCCCAUGUACCAAUCGAUUGCUAGCAAAAUAUGAACGAGGAAAAAAUUUAAAGACGGUGAAAUUAAACCAAAAAACGAGCACAUAUGGAAAAAAAAAGAAGGUAACCAAUAAGGGGGGUUAUAAUUCCGAGAGUGAAACCGAUUCUCAUUUUGACUACGAUGAAUAUAGUGACAAGCUAAGUGUAUACAGUAGUAGGAAGGGUAAAUCCAGUGGCGAGAGUGAGCUGCUGUGCGGACAAAUAUUUCCUUGUGUUGAUAGAAGAGGAUUUUGCUGUUCAUGUGAGUCCCUUAUUUGCAGGAACUCCUGCAGGACGUGCCCAAAAAGAAAAUGCUCGAGGAGAAGUCCUAUCUAUUACAUCAUUUUGGGUUUACUGCUGAUUUUAGGAGUGGUAUGCGCUAUACCUGCUAUUGUGACAGGUACAGCACCUAGUUCGUUGCAUCCUCUUGCUGUUAUAUUGGUUAAGUUUUUUAGCUUAGGUAUUUUUUUUAUCUUGGUAAUGAGCUCGAAAUGGAAAUGA